AUGGAGCUAUCUAGUGCACUACGCCCCCUCGAUGAAUCACUUCUACGCGAACUCCCCCAACUCUCUCUUCGUAUCGCCCCUCUACGAGAACCGGUUUCCUCCCGAACCCUAAGCGUCCCAUCACCUCUCGAACCAAAUGCCAGUGGUGCUCGAGAGAAUAAUAUAUCUAAGGGGAACAAAAGCAAUGGACAUGUCUCUGCAAAUGCCAAAACAGGCCUACCAACGGUGACGGAAUUCCUUAAUGCUGCGCGGACUAAGAAGACCGAACUAUCCGCCGAUUCGCAGUCAAGUGUUGAACGCCUGCCGAGACCGAUCCUUCCAGCAUUCGUGAACCUUCGUGCCCUUGAAAAAUUUCCAUUUUCAUCUUCUUUCGAUGAUGAUGCGCUCCAAGGACCCCGAAAGCGUCGCCGGUUAGAUCUUCAGACUGAUUCGUUCAGUGAGCAUCUACAGCUGCCCAUCCCGCAGGCCCAAAAAGAGCAGCGACCUCCCCCAUUUGGGCCAUUUGCUAUCUUGAAUGGACUGAAUGAGCCACCACCUAAUGCUGCACUUCUUCCACCUAUCGAGGCUGGGUCUAAUAUUUCCCAGCUUCUGAACAAGCCAUCUGGGCGCAGUGCUUCCAUUGACCCGGGAGCCUUGGUAUCCGCUCAAGUUGUUAGCGCUGAUGGCCAGUCCGUGGAGAGACGAGAUGCGAGACUAGAAGAGAUUCUGAGUACCUCACUCAACGACGACGAAGACAAUGAUCAUAAUGAUAAUGACAACAACACUAUUGAAACUACCAAUACUUUGGAUACGAAUGAAAUUGACCCAGCAAUCCGUGAUGCAAACGUUUCUAAGACCAAUGCCUUGCCUCCCGCACCGAAAGAGAAAGCGCCUAUCCCCCCCAAAAAUCGCGGUCGAUCUCGUAAAAACCUGAGAAUGUGGACCGAGGAAGAAACGUCUGCCCUCCUUCGGGGUGUGGUCAAGUGUGGGAUUGGAAAUUGGACUGCUAUCCUGGCUCAGCCGGAACUGGAGUUCAAUCAGAGGUCUGCCUCUAAUCUGAAAGACAGAUUUCGAGUGCUAUGCCCAUGGGCCUAUCGUGCUUCCGACCCCAACGAAGCCGCGAAACAAAUCCACGACACCCUCACCAAUGCCCUAAUCAAGUCCAACGACGCUUCAGAUGUAGCAUUUGGCAAGAUCUACCUCCCUCAUCCAAACCCCUUAAAUCAAGGCUCCGAAUCAGCCUCUAGCUCCGGAAGUCCAGCAAACAAACCACACAAUUCCUCAACCCCAAGCACUCUCUCGCCUACACCCGAUACCGAUGCUCGGAACAGUAGCAACACCCAAUCAAAGUCACCCUCAUCAGAUCAGAGCACUCCUGCGCCUUCAGACAAAUCCCGCCUCGCAUCCAUUGCCCUUGCAUCCUUUGGAAUCCCAGAACCGCACGUAACAAAAGCCAAACGACGCUCUCGGCGCCCCUUCACCCCAGCCGAAGACGAAGCCCUACUCAAAGGCUACGCAGUCCACGGAUUCCAAUGGACCCUAAUACAACAAGACGCACGACUAAAUUUGAGCCACCGCAAAUCAACCGACCUCCGCGACAGAUUCAGAACAAAGUUCCCAGACGCCUAUCGCAAUGGUGGCUCCGUGAGCGGCAAGAAACCCACCGCCCAAAGCCCAAGUCUCGGUCUGUGCUCGGUUUCUGGUCAGAACUCGCCGGCAGGAGGGCCAACGCCUUGGCCACAUGCUGCCAAUACUCGCGAACAAACUCCAACGAAGGCCAAUUUCAAUGCUGUGACGCCGAAUCUCACCCCGCGCCAUUUGUCGUCCAGGAGUCGUCAUGUUGCUACUCCUUCUCAGCAGUCUAAUGUUGGUCCUAUGGAUUCUGCUUUCUUGCCUCCGCCUCCACCUCCACAGGUAUUCUUGGAGACUUCUAUGAGUCUUCCCCAUACCGGGGGUGUUGGGCUUUCGUUUUCUUUGGAUGAGGGUUCUGGGACGGGUACUUCUUCGGGUGUUGAGACGCCUUGGGAGGAUAAUACGCUUGCUCCUAUGAAUUGGGAUGAAUUGGCUUGA